AUGAGUCAGCUCUUAGCGAGCCCUCAACAGGAGACGUAUAGCCGUCAGUUCUCUGAGCAUUCGGCGCCUAGCCGCCAACUUUCUGAGAAUGGAUCUCUCUCCGAGAAUCAGUCGGCCAGCCGAGAGGCGUGCGAGCAGGAGUUGGUGCGGCGGCGUGGGUUGGAGGCGAUGGUGGCACAGGUGGUGGGUUCGGAUGGGCACAGCUGGCUCAAAUACGGCCAGAAGCAAGUCAAGGGCUCCACCGCCACCAGGCCAGCCUUGUGCCCUCGCGUCAAAUCCAACCCACGAUGCCCGGCCAAGAAGACCGUUGACAUCACCUGCAGCAACCGCAACGAGCCUCCCUCCCCCGACGCCUUCCAAGUCACCUACCGCUGCACGCUCCACAACCACCCCUUGCCUCCCCGCCAACCUUUGCUCCCCAUCCGCCGUCCCCCCACGCGCCACAUCUUCCCCCGUAACCACCCCACCAAGUGCUUCAACAAGCGUCCUGCCUACCGCUCUAGCGAUCACCCCAAUCACCCUAACAAGAGGGUUGCUUUCAGCCCUGCAGACCUUCCCACCGGCCAUGCUACUGACGAGCAUUUCAACCUCGCGGAUUCACACGCUGGGGAUGGCGAUACUCCGUUUAACGCCGAUCGACCUGCUGAAUUCAGUGGCGGUCUGAACGCCUUGGCGAGUGAGAGCGAUUUUGGUGCAGCUGUGAAUGCCCCAGCUGUUGAUUCUGGUGGGGCUCUGAGCAUCGUGGCGCGGGCGUUGCAGAAUGGGAGCGUGGAAGUCAGUCCUGCUCAUGCUGCUUCCGCCGCCGACGCUGCUGCUGCUGAUGCUGCUGUUGAAUUUGAAGAUUGGGCUGCAGAAGCCCUCUUGCACUCUCCCUGUCAGCAGGAGCGGCUGAUUGAGUCCACUUCCCUGCGUGUGUGGGACCUCCCCCCACUCUCUCCCCUGCCGACCCUCCUCCGGUCAUCCCCUCCGUGGCUGGAUGAGGUUAUCCCCGUUAGUGCCUGCUCCACUGACCUCAGUGCUGCUGCUGUUGACCCAGCGAGGUCUACAGUGUCUCUGGAACGGCUGCUUGUGGCUCUCGGGUGUCAGACGCUGGAAGAAGAUCACAGCCGUCGAUUCACCGAUCAGGACUCGGAAUAUCCGACGGACGAGAUUGACUCUCUGCUGGGAGCAACAUCGCCUACGAAGCAAGGCCUCCAAGAGCUGUCGUCACUGCGCUGCAGUGCUACCAACCACGCGGGCCAAGCGGGGCUCCUACGGGAAUAUCUUGGCGGGAGAGGUAUUGAGGAGGAGCAGACCGCACCCGGCGUGGGGCGCAAUGGGAAGAACUCCUUCCCCGAUUUUCGUUGUCAAGGGGAGGAAGGGUCAGUGCACGGCCCGUCAGGGGCAACACUGGGAGCACUGCUGGGGUGUGUGCUGCCGCACGCUGCUGCACUGGGUGCUGCUGUAUCUGACGCUCCUGGCUCUCAGCCCCACCAAGAUGUGCCAGUGCCACCUUUAACAGCCACCGCUCUUCACACGCUCGUGAGAGGGCAGAACCGGCCGUCCUAUGCCAUGAAUGCGCCACUGCCGAGGAUGCCAUUUGAUUCGACGCGCAAGUCACCAAGUGGGCGUGCCUCACAGCCACUAACAGGCACCACAUUUGAUGCACUUGUGAAUGGGCAGAAUUGCCAAGCCUCUGCAAACGAUGCGCUGCUGCCUGCCCCCCGCGCCACUGCCCAGGCUGAUGCUCAAGCCUGUGACCAAGCCUGGAGCAGCGGAUUUUCGGCUGCUUGUGGCACAGAUUUCAACACAAGCAGCCCGGGUUACCUGUCCCAGCACACGAGCUGCACGGGGAGUGACAUGAAUCGCAGCCAGUGGCACUCCCCUCCUCAGCAUGCUGAAGCGACUGAGGGAGUGGAGGAGGCAGGACUGGUGCAGCAGCAAUGCCAGCAGCAGCAGCAGCAGCAGCAGCAGCAGCAACAGCAGCAUUGGCAGCAGCAGCAGGAUCCUCCUGGCAUGGGAACGUUCGGCUCUCGAAAUUCACGUGUGCCUUCAAUGCGCAAUGCUCCUCCACCUCAGCUUGCAGCAUUCCCAACCGCACCCAAGCACGGAAUGUCCCGCCCUCAGAAACCCCUUGUGCCUUCAAUCCACCAAGUUCCUCCUGUUCGCCUUGCAGCGUUCCUGGCCGCAGGCGAGCGCGAAGUGUCAGGGCCAUUGGCCACUGGCUCGGCUCAGCAGAAGAUGAUGCGUGGGGGUGUGGACCCUGCAGCAGCAGUGUUUGCGUUCCUGGGAGGGAGCAACAGCACCCGGGUUUCAGACUUUGCAGCUGCUGACGUGCGGAAAGUGAUGCAGCUGUGGGUAGAAGGUGCAGCGUAG